GCUGUUUUUAUAGUAAUUGAUUAAAUACAAAUUCGGCAAUAUGGAGACAGAAUGUCAUGGGGAUCUUGAGAAUCUAUUAAAUGGAUUUAAAAAUAAAGUGAAUCGAGCGGAAGAAGGAUUAAAGAUGAUGGAUGUUUUAUACUACUCAGUUGAUGGAAAAUACACAUUGACAGAAAUUUCAAACGAUUUGGUCGAUUUAGGUGCCAUGUGUGAAGCUAUUCGUUCGAAAAUAGAUCAAGAGAAAGAUAAAUUGGCAGAGAUUCAGAAAAAGCGAGAACGUUUAAAUGAAGUUCGUCAAAGACUGAACCAUAUGUGUUAUCAUCUUCCCGAGACCACUACACCAGUCUAUCAAAAUGCUCCAAUCAAUUUUACUGCUAUUCAGAGUACUCGUACAGUUGACAUAGAGAGCUCAAAAGUGGAAGACAAAGAAAAUCUAAAACCAGACAAAGAAAAUCUAAAACCAGACAAAAAAUCAAAAGGAGUGAAAAUUAUUCGUUCUUUACAAGAAAAUGAUUUUGAACAUAUUCCGAAACAUGUGAAAGGCCAUCUUUCUAUGGAACAAAUAAAUUCAGGAAUAGGAGAAGUAAAUCAUAUAUUGGAAAAAAAAUAUGAAUUCUUGAAGAGGCCUCGUAAAACAUUGAGCCGUGCUGAUGAGAAGAAACGGAGUAUUUAUCUCGAGAUGGGAAAAGACUUGAAGGGAACAAUCUUUGAGAUAUUUUUCAUGGAUUCUGAUGUUCAAAGUUAUGGAACUGUUCUGAAAUCACGACCCAAAUCUAAAGAAACGGUAUUCCUUGUGUUGCGACAUCUGGGAAAAAUGAAGGAAAUACGAAAAGGAAAGCCUCCAAGAUAUUGCAUUGUUGGCGGUUGAUUUACUGCAUCAAAUUUUUGUGUAUUGAAGAUUUGAAUGGAUUUCUUUAAACUGUGGAAAAGUUGCAUAUAUCGCAUCAGGGUGGAAAAAUAUUGCUCGACUUUUGAAAUAUAAAGAGAAGUCGCAUUGUUAAUAUUAGGUCUUAUUUUUUUCAAAUUAAUUUAGAAUGCCAAAUUUCCAUAGAAAUUUAGUUGCACAAUUUGAAGCCGAAUAAUUUUAAUAAAGAUAUAGAUAUAUCCUGGCAUAUAAGCUGACCUCCUGAAACAGCCCUAGACGGUAUAUUCAUAAAAAUUCACGGUGUUCCAGAAUGAGGAUAUGCGGCAAAUAUAUAGUUGGGAAUGUGAAAGUGAUGAAAUGACUUUUUGACUGUAUUUGUUAAAGGCACUCGAAUAGUCAAUUUUUGGGGCUCCCGAAGUAUGCGAACCAAGAUGGCGGACAUCGGAAUGUAAUAUGUGUACUAGGUUAGGGUUAGGCCAUAAUGUUAGGUAUAAAUACUACGGGAGGCUCUUGUCUAGUCAUCG